CUGUUGUCAAAGUACUGAAGUAAGAUGCUGUAAUUUCGGAAUUCUUAGAUUUUGAACGCAUAGAAGUCAGAAAUUACUUUCUUUUUCAGCGUUGAUCACAGCGCAUCAUGGCUACACCAGCGAACUACAAACAAAACACAUCAAUGUCGAUGCCAAGUCCUCAAAGCAAUCCGCACUACAUGAUUGCGGGGCCCCCAAUGAGUUUCGGUAUGAUGAAAGGCGGUAUGAAUGCACCGCCACACCAUAACCAAUACCAGUACCACCCGCAAUACCAAGGUGGUCCCCCGAUGGGCCACGCGGCCGGCUACGGCUGGCAGCCCGCGCCGCAACAACCCCGUUUCGGUGCAGAGGGCGCGCGGCGCGCGGCCGGCGCGGCGCAGGGCGCGCAGCCCGGCAAGGAUGAUAAGACCAGCCCCUUCGUAUCCACCUUGCAUUCACACCCUGGAUUUCAACCUCAGAAGAUCGGGAAAGGAGCUGGUGCGGGCGCCGGGCUGCCCAAGCCCCCGAAGCCGCCAGAAAAGCCCCUCAUGCCGUACAUGCGCUACUCUCGCCGCGUGUGGGACAGUGUGAAGGCGGCCCACCCGGACCUCAAGCUGUGGGAGAUCGGCCGCAUCAUUGGAGGCAUGUGGAGGGAUCUCCCGGAAUCAGAGAAGGCUGUGUUUGUCGAUGAAUAUGAAGCGGAGAAGUCGGAGUACGAAAAGAGCCUCAAGGCGUACCACAACUCGCCCGCCUACCAGGCGUACAUCGCGGCCAAAAAUAAGGCCGUAGUAGUAGGGAGCUUGGAGGAGGAGAGUUCCAGCAAGAAGGGGAGCUCGCAGAAGGAGCAGCAGCAACAGGACAGAAGGAUUGACAUUCAGCCUGCAGAGGAUGAGGAGGAUCAAGACGAAGGUCUCUCGGUGAAACACAUUGCGUACGCGCGUUACUUGCGCAACCAUCGUCUCAUCAACGAGAUAUUCAGCGACACGGUGGUGCCCGACGUACGAUCUGUCGUCACGACGGCUAGGAUGCAGAUCCUGAAGAAGCAAGUGCAGUCCCUGACGAUGCACCAGAAGAAGCUGGAAGACGAGCUGCAGCAGAUCGAGGAGAAGUUCGAGGCCAAGAAACGCAAGUUCAUCGAGAGCAGCGAGGCCUUCCAGGAGGAACUGAAAAAGCACUGCAAACCGGCCGUGGAUGACGACACCUUCCAACGCAUGGUGGAACGCGCCCUAGAGCAGAUGAGGCGAGGCAUCAACCCCGCCACGCAGUCCCUAGUCAGCGUCGAGAGGAAAGAUGAGCCCAUGGACCAAGACCAGAACGUGAUCAAACAAGAGAGCAACGGGCCCAACCCCCCCACUCAGGUGGACAAGGUGUCCACUACGGAAGUGAAGCCCGACGGCGGCAAUGUCACCACGGAGUUGAAUAAGACCGAGCCUGAUGUGAAGAAGGAGGAAAAUGGACAUGCCGAGGAAGGAGAGCGCAAGGAGCCGGCGUCGGAGCUGAAGGGCGAGCCCGCGCCCGCCGCCGGAGCGCCGCCGCAGCACGUCACGUCGCCGCCGCACCACGCUAUGAUGAUGGCGCCCAAUCCUAACGCGCCGCCGCACGCGCCGCACGGACCACCGCCGCCCGGAGCGGUGGGGUACGCGUACGCGCCGCGCUACUACCCGGGCUACCCGCAGUUCCCGGCCGGCUACCCGCCGCGGCCCUACCUGCCCGAACACUACCACCCGCACCACCCGCAGCCGGACUACCCGACCGAGGAGCCGCCUGCGAAGAAAGAGGCCGAAUGAUUGUCACCAAAACGCGUCGUCAAGCGACGGCGCAAGUCCUCCUCGAAGGACGCCCAGUGAAUAGACACUUAGUGCAUUCAGUGGUUUUACUUAUAAGAACUGAAGUGCUACUCCAACCUCGAAAAUGGGUCGAAUCGAAGAAUUUUCACUAUUUGCAUUACUCUCGGGUGUAUGGUUUUGCUCUUAAAUAAAGCAAAUAUGACUUCGUGAUCUUUCGAGCUACGGAGAGUAGUUUUCAACACUAGAAACGUUCAGUAUAUUUUAAACAUGCGUUUAGUGAUUCUGCCUGUUUUAUGGCGUUAUCCAUAAACGCGCUAAAAGCCUCGAUUAUCUAAUAGUAGUUUGUCUUAAUCUGUCAUUUUGACUUUUGAAGUAAGUAAUGUUUAUGAUUAUUUAGUAUUUAUAAGGCAAAAACUUGUUUAUAUGUAAUGUGUCAAACGUUAACUCAUGGUUUAGUGGUAGGUAUAGAUAUUGGCUACUAAAAUGUGACCAUUUCUAUUCGUAAUUAUGGCACUUAUAGGAAUACUAAUGUCGUUGACAU